AUGAUGUUCGAACGUAUCCGAAAAAUACUUACUUGUAGUUGUUGUAGAACUCGUGCUCGUUCUACUUGUUGUGCUAGUCGAAGUUGUAGCUGUCGUGCUAGUUGUAGUCUUGCUUGUGGUACUAGUCGAAGUUGUAGCUGUCGUGGUAGUCGAAGUGGUAGCUGUCGUGGUAGUCGAAGUUGUAGCUGUCGUGGUAGUCGAAGUGGUAGCUGUCGUGCUGGUCGACGUUGUCGCUGUCGUUGUUGUUUCUGUGGUUGUUGUAGUUGUCGUUUCCGUGGUUGUGGUAGUUGUCGUUUCCGUGGUUGUCGUAGUUGUCGUUUCCGUGGUUGUGGUAGUUGUCGUUUCCGUGGUUGUCGUAGUUGUCGUUUCCGUGGUUGUAGUAGUUGUCGUUGCCGUGGUUGUUGUACUAGUAGUAGCCGUAGUUGUCGUUUCCGUGGUUGUGGUAGUUGUCGUUUCUGA